CAUCCAAAAACUUUCUAACCAGGGUUUAUCCCUCGUGCAGAGAGAAUGGGGGGCGCCACCAGGUUCCUGAUGCUUCUCAACACCGCCAACCCCUUCCCUCUCCUCCACCACCGCUGCCCUUCCCUCCUCCGCCUCUCUCGCCACCGCAAACUCUUCUCCUCUCCACGCCUCUACCGCCUCACCGCCACUCCCUCCCCUUCUCCCUCUCCGCCAACCAAAGCCUUCCACCAACAACUCCACACUCGCUCCUCCGCCGCCCUCAGAGACGAGCAUUUUAUUCAUUCUUCCAAUCUGCCUCCCCACCUGUGGCCCGAGUGGUCCACUCUCCUUCACAACCUCUCCCUCGCCGGCUACUUCAAUGAUACUAGUGAUUAUCGGCCUGGGUCGCUUGGGAUUGGCGGUGAGGACGAGUUCGUGGCGGCCGCUGAUCUUCCGGAUGAUUUCGUGCGCGCGGCGGGCGCGUGCUUUGCAUUCGCCAGAGAUAGAGCCAGCGAUUUGGGGUUGCUUUCGAGGAGGGAUAUUGAGGUGGUGGUAGAGCAUGGGGCACCGUUUCUUUUCAAAAAUGGUGAUGUUUCGGUGAGGAGGAUGAGAUCAUUUCUGGGCAACGGUGAAUCCAAUGUAUUGGAUACCGAUAAAGCGCUCACUGUUGAUUUGAUGAAAUUUAUAUUGAGUUAUGCCAGCAAUCCAUCGGUUUCUUCAGAGAGAAAUAAUUUUGAGAAUGAAGAACGUGUAGAAUCAUCUGUCCGGAGUCUAUUGAGGGAAUUUUCCAAGCUGAGCUAUAGCAUUUCAGAGUCCAACUCUUUUGGGACAGUGCAAAAUCAGUCCCCUGAUAGAUUUGGACAAACACUGACGCCUGUAGGGCAAAAAAUUGAAAUGAAAAGAGGCGAUUGGAUUUGCUCAAGAUGUAGUUUCAUGAAUUUUGCGAGAAACAUGAAAUGCCUUGAAUGUGAGGAGGCACGACCAAAGAGACAGUUGACUGGAGGGGAGUGGGAAUGUCCUCAAUGUGAUUUCUUUAAUUAUGGGAGGAAUAUGGUCUGCUUAAGGUGUGACUGUAAGCGGCCUGGAGGAGUCUCGCCUGUUACUACCAACAACACAUCAGUAGGGUAUGGAACUGUGAAAAGUACCAAUAAGGUUGACAUUGAUGGCAGGUUGGCUGCCAAUGAAGAGAAGGCGCAGCGGUGGUUCAGUAAGGUUUCUCAGCUGGAUAGUACUUCUGAUAUGAGCAGUGCCAUAGCAGAUGAAGAUUUUCCUGAAAUAAUGCCAUUGAGAAAAGGAGUUAACAGAUUUGUUGUAAGCACAAGGAAGACGCCUUUGGAAAGGAGGUUGGCCAAUGCUCAAUACCGAAGAAACUUGGGUAGUGAUGGCAUUCCUGAGGGUAAUAAUUCUGAAAAUGCAGGUCCAAACACGACAAUCAGUCGAAGUUUAGAUGAGAUUCUUGGCCGUACAUCUGUCAUUUCUGAAUCUAAUAAUAAGAGUGUAACUGCUGGACAGAACCUUCAAUCAGAUAGUCCCCCUUAUAUCUCUGGUACUGCUUCUCUACAGCAAGGACCCCCCAGAGGAAACAAUUCAAAUUACGUUCCUUUUGUCCCGUUGUCUGCUGAUAUGUUUGCCAAGAAGCCUGAAAAGUCAAAAACAGAGGGGAGUGAGAAGGAAGUGACAGACGACCAGAAAUCUGUUGCUUCCAACACUAUUGAGUGGACGAGCAAUGCUUCUGGGAGCAAUGAGCCUUAUAAAUCGGGAAGCAGCAUACGGCAUGCUGAGAACCCAACAAGUCAGACUGAGAGCAAGGAUAAGGAGAAAGAACAAGCUGAAAAAUCUGACAGAUGGUUCAAGAAGGUAGCAGAGCUGCACAAUGUUACAGAUCUCGCUGGUGCAAUUUCAGAUGAGGACUUCCCUGAGAUCAUGCCAAUGCGUAAAGGAGAGAACAGAUUUGUGGUCAGUAAGAAGAGGGAUCGUUCUUUGACUUCUCCUGCUUACAAGCGACGUAUGGCUAUGGAGCAAGCUAGCAGUACCAAUUAUGUCCCAUUUGUACCCUUUCCACCUGACUACUUUGCUAACAAGGACAAACAACAGCCAGAAGGGGCAGAUUUGCCUAAUAAAGCUGCUGAGGAAACUUCUUCAGUUUCUGCCGUGGCAGAGGAGCUACCGGAGAAGUCAUAUGAUGCUAGGAACAGGGCGCUUGAUGUGGACAAUUUUCAGCAGACAGGAAAUCAAAACAUCAGUAUGGAGAGCUGGAACGCAACACCUGGAGAGAACUUGAGUGAGAACAAGACAGGUGCUGUUCAUGGGGAACAAUCCACUAGACAUUCAACAGAGAGUUAUGUUAAUUCCCAGUCUAAUGACAGUGUGAGCAGUUGGAAUCCCAGGAAGGAGAAUAGGAGUGAGACACAGAAUUCGACAAGUUUGCCGGAACCAUCUGAAAAUGGGAACAUUAGAGAGAGGUGGACGGGAGAGAGCUUGGAGGGGUCAGCAGUGAAGGAACCAGAUCCCCUGGACAUGUCGGAGGAGGCCAAGGCAGAGAGGUGGUUCCGGCGUGUUGCCCAGAUUAAGGACAUCUCAGAGCUGAGUGAGAUUCCUGAUGAGGAUUUCCCAUCAAUAAUGCCAAUGCGAAAGGGUGUGAACAGGUUUGUUGUGAGUAAGCGGAAAACGCCAUUGGAGAGGAGGUUGACAUCUCCUCAGUACAGAAGAAAUCUACCAAUUGUGAGCUCUGAUCCAGUGAAGAAGGAAGAGGACGGUAGCUGAAAGAAGAUUGAAUUUUUGUAUUGGGAGACGAUUAAUUAUGUGGCCAAAUCUUGUUCCUCGAGAAUUAUCUUAAAAGAAAACUAGAAAUGAAAAACCUUGGAAACUUUCUGUUGUA